AGUAAAGAAAAAAGGCCAAAACUAUGUUUUGGUUUAUUCUUCUCUCGUCUUGCAUUGCGAUACAUGCUCAACAAGGACUGCUUCUUGAUUUGCAUCCUGCCGCGGGACCUCAGUUUUUUGAGGAGUCUAUUCUUGGUAAUGCUAAUGGUGACAAACUUAACAAUGAGUUUGCUGACGUGCCAAUUGAUUCUUUGAUGGACCCAGAAGGAAAGCCAAUCCAUGACCCACUUAGAGCUCAUGCUAUGGUGCUUGAAGAGGAGCUGAGAAAAGAAGCAGCCGAAAUACAGAAGAUUAUGGCAGAGAGCGAAAAGGAGGAUAUGAAAAAAGGCGAAGUCACAUCUGCCACGUGGAUUUAUGCUCUCAUUGGGUGCUCACUAGUAGUGAGCACUGGUAUUCUCCCAGCGUUUCUGUUGCCAGCAAAUAUUCACGUUUUACUUUCCUCAUCGCAAGGACAGCGUCGAUUGAACCUCCUUCUUGGGUUUGCGAUUGGUUCUCUCCUGGCCGACGUGUUUUUGCAUCUUCUUCCAGAAGCAUACGAAAGUAACGAAAAUCAUGUUUCUAUAGGAUUGUGUGUUCUCGCCGGAUACCUUACGUUCUCCCUCAUCUCAAAACUUGCAUCGUCAGAGGAAGAACAGCACAAGGCGUGUGCCUAUUUGAACUUGUUCGCAAAUAUUGGAGAUAAUUUUGCUCAUGGACUCGCAGUUGGAAGCAGCUUUCUUGUUUCUACAAAGUUUGGAAUUAUGACUACAAUUACAAUUCUCCUCCACGAAAUUCCUCACGAAAUAAGUGAUUUUGCUAUUCUCUUACGUGCUGAUUUUGGGAAAACAAAUGCUAUUUUAGCGCAGCUUACUACUGCUGCUUUUGGUGUGCUCGGUUCUUUAGUAGCACUUCACCUGCACACUUCCAAUGUUCCGGUCAUUGAGACUCUCCUUCCAUUCACCGCAGGAGGAUUUCUCAACAUUGCUCUGACAGAGCUUCUACCCGAGAUUAGCGCUGAAACAUCUCCAGUCGAAAUCCUGAAACAACUGGUGAUGAUCGUAACUGGAGUGCUCACAAUGUCAUUCCUCAAUUCUCUAAGUUUCUAAUCUCUACACUACUUUGUAUUUUUGUAUUUGUAACUUUUGCCUUAUCGAAAAAUGGUUAGUGAUUCCGUGCCUUGAAUAUAGAUACCAAUUUUACUUGCCACUAGUAGAGUUUUUUUUUUGCUUAUUCUUUAACAUUACUGUAUUUUUUAUAUGCAUGUUUCAAUGUACCGGUCCUGUUUGCCGGUUUACCAACGGACUAAAUUUGCGUUCAGAUCUUUCUUCAUAUUUUUCAUUUGAUGGAACUUUAAAUUUCAUUUUAUAUGACAAAUCACAUUUG